AUGUCGUACCUGCAUCAUAAUUUCGUCUUUAACUUUAACUCUAUAUUUUACAGGUCGGACUUUGAGUAUUACUGCGACAAAAAAGCAGUUGCCAAGCGGCACGGAAAUAAACGCGAAGACAUAGAUUCUGAAGAGGAAACAUCUUGUAAAAGGUUGAAGCAGCAGAGACCGCGAAAAACAGCCAAACAUUUAUUUGACGACUCUGAAGACGAAUCAGUUAAUAAACCGUUGAAGCAGAAACCUCGAAAAACGGCCAAACAUUUAUUCGACGACUCUGAAGAGGAAUCAGUUAAUAAACCAACUAAAUCAUCAGCGAAAAAGUCGUCUACCAAACGCAAGUCAGCAGAGAGCUCGAGUGGAGACAAACGAACUCGAACCUCAGGGUGGAAGCUGGACUUGGACGACGACGCGGACGUCGAGAGCAGUCGCGCGCGCAGCCAGCCCGGCCGCCUGCAGUCCGUGCUGACGCGUCGAGUGGCCGACGGAGUCCUGCGCCGCACCGCCUCUCUGCCUGGGGAUCUCUUCGUGGAGUUGCGCCUCUACAACGCGGACGAGAUACGAGCUGUGCAGCCGAAAGAUCGUUGGGAGAAGGCGGUAUUGUCACUCAAAUACCAAAGCAGCUCUAACGCCGAACAUCUUGACCUACUGCGGCAAUUCGUCACGCGUGCGCGAGAGGCAUUCGAAGAGGACGGUACUUUUUUCGCUGAUAAAAAAAAUAGUUCGUAAUUUGUUAUUAAUUAGUUAUUUAAGGUAAUAAAAUAAAAUACUUUUUUAUAUCUUAGUUUUUUCACCCAGUCUAUUUAAUUUCAUUCAAAGUUGUUAGGUAGGUUUUAAACUUUUUUAUAAUGUCUCAAAGAACGAUAUA